AUGGGUGGUGACCAGGACUGGGACAGCAGCCACAAGAGCUGGUUGCCAGCACCUGCUGUGAACCCGCCCAUGCUGGGCACAUCCUCACUCCUCUGCCCCGGUCACGCUUAUUGUUACAAAUGCUCCUUCGCAGCCAAACCCUCUCGCCCUGUGGUAUCGGGACCCGCAGAGGGGGCCACCCCUGGGCAGACGGUGACCUUCACCUGCCAGUCCCACGGCUUCUCCCCCAGAGACAUCAGCCUGAAGUGGUUCAAAAAUAGGAAAGAGCUGCCAGCCCCCCGGUCCAACGUGGACCCUUCAGGAGAGGCCGUUUCCUACAACGUCUCCAGCACAGCCACGGUGCAGCUGGCGUCGGGGGACGUCCGCUCCCAGGUCAUCUGUGAGGUGUCCCACGUCACCCUGCAGGGCGGCAGUCUUCGCGGGACAGCCAACUUGUCUGAGACCAUCCAAGUCCCGCCCACCUUGGAGGUUUCCCAGUAUCCCGCGGCAGGGAACCAGGUGAUUGUCACCUGCCAGGUGAAGGAGUUCUACCCCCGGAACCUACAGCUGACCUGGUUGGAGAACGGAAACGUGUCCCGAACAGAAAAGCACUCAACUCUCCUGGAGAACAAGGAUGGGACCUUCACCUGCACGAGCUGGCUCCUGGUAAACGCUUCUGCCCACAGAGGGAAUGUGGUGCUCACCUGCCAGGUGGAGCAUGACGGGCAGCCUGCGGUCUCCAAAGCCCUCACCCUGGCGGCCUCUGCUCACCAGGACAAGCCAGACACAGAGGUAUCUUCAGGCAAAGAGCAGUGGAUGCCAUUCCUCAUCACUCUCCUCCUGGGCUCCAAGGUGUUGCUACUGGUGGGUGUCUCUGCCUCCUACAUGCACAGGAAGCAGAGGCCUAACUGCUGA